CCAUUUCCUUGAGAAAAACAUGGCAACAAAUCAAUCCACACAUCAGAAGAAACCUUUCUUCUUCAACUAUCUCAAAUCUCUCUCUCAAACCCCUCAUAGGCUCAGAAAGAGAAUGCUAGCAACAUGGACCCCAGACCAAGAGCUUAACCAAGUGAGGCUAAGGUCCGGUGCCGAUAUGAAGAGGAAACUCAAGUGGUAUGAUUUAGUUGCUCUCGGUCUAGGAGGAAUGCUCGGCGUCGGAGUUUUCGUCACCACCGGCCAUGUCGCCCGAUAUACCUCCGGUCCUUCUGUUUUCAUUUCAUAUAUCAUUGCUGGAAUAUCUGCACUUUUAUCUUCUUUGUGUUACACUGAAUUUUCAGUCCAGAUUCCCGUUGCCGGCGGUGCCUUCUGUUACCUGAGAGGGACUUUUGGAGAAUUUGUUGGCUAUUUUGCUGGUGCAAACAUACUACUGGAGUAUGUAUUAUCAAAUGCCGCAGUAGCAAGAAGCUUUACUGAGUAUUUAUGCUCAGCCUUUGGAGUAACUGAUCCAAAUUCAUGGAGAAUUGAAGUUCAUGGAUUGCCAGAAGGCUACAACAAGCUGGAUUUCACUGCUGUUGCUGUUGUUGUUCUUCUAACUCUUUGCCUAUGCCAUAGUACAAAAGAAAGCUCGAUUUUGAACCUUGUUAUGACGAUAUUUCAUGUCGUUUUCUUCGGAUUCAUCAUAAUUUCGGGUUUCUGCUACGGGAAAUUUGACAACUUGGUGAAGCCAAGAGGGUUAGCUCCGGAUGGUAUUAGAGGUAUGCUUGAUGGUGCAGCCGUAGUUUACUUCAGUUACAUUGGCUACGACACGGUCUCGACCUUGGCCGAAGAGAUCGAAAAGCCUCGGGUAAGCCUCCCGGUUGGGAUUGUCGGUUCGGUCCUCAUUGUCACCGGAAUUUACUGCCUCAUGGCAUUGGCUUUAUGUAUGAUGGUUCCUUACCAACAGAUAGCGGAAACAGCAUCAUAUUCAAUGGCUUUCGGGAGAAUCGGAUGGAAAUGGGCGGGGAAUGUUGUCGGUGCCGGAGCAAGCUUGGGGAUUCUAGCAUCGCUCUUGGUCGCCAUGUUAGGUCAGGCAAGGUACCUUUGUGUUAUAGGAAGGGCCAGGCUAGUUCCAUCAUGGCUAUCAAAAGUUCAUCCUUCAACGGGCACACCGUUGAAUGCCACCAUCUUUUUGGGGCUUUGCACGGCAUUGAUAUCACUCUUCACGGACAUGGAAAUCGUGAUCGAAAUCAUCUCCAUCGGCACAUUGUUGGUGUUCUACCUGGUGGCCAACGCUCUCAUUUACCGAAAAUACGUGAUCGUAGGCAAAAAUCGACCGCUCCCUACAUUGUCCUUCCUUUGCCUCCUAACGUUGACCGCGGUCGGCUUCUCGGUUUCGUGGAAAAGGAAACGGCAAUGGUGGGGUUUGCCGGUAUUCGGUGGGAUCAUGAUCGUCGUUACGGCCUUGCUUCAGUACACGGUCGUCCCAAACUCUGCCCAUCAGCCUAGUGAGUGGUCGGUGCCGUUGAUGCCGUGGCCGGCUGCCAUUUCCAUUUUCCUUAAUGUCUUUCUCGUUACAACACUACAGGUGCUGUCGUUCGAAAGGUUUGCAAUAUGGACAUGUUUGAUAACUGUGUUCUAUGUGCUAUAUGGAGUUCAUUCAACAUUUGAAGCAGAAGAGAUGGAAGUGGAAAUCAUGGCUGUUAAUGAAGCUCCAAACCCAAGUAUCCAACCAACAAAAUUCGAUGUUUAA